AUGUUUAAAGAGGAAGAUCCUGAUGUUAGACGGUCAGAUAGACUGGCAACAAAAUGUAACAGUGCAAAUCUUAAAUUGCCUAAUUAUAAUACCUCUUGCUACGAACAUUUUUUUGUGGUAUCAGCUAUACGACUUUGGGAUGAGCUAUCACAGGAUAUCAUAAAUUCUUUGAGUUUAGACACAUUCAAAAGAAGUGCAUUUGAAUAUCGUAUGUCGCGAGAGAUGGGAGACAAAAAAUAG